GAACCCCCCGGGCCGGCGGGCAGCGGCCACUCCAGACCUCUCCCCGCUGCUCCCGGCUCCGGGUGACCCCACGGCGAGCCCGGCCGCCCGGGAAAACUAUGCCAGGAAUGCAUCCCGGCUGGGUAGCGGCGCAGCAGUCGGAACGAUCCCGGCCCGGGCCGGGGCUGCACGAGGUCGGCCUGCUGGGGACCCAGAGUGACUGAUUCCUACGACCGGGAGGACGGCCUGGGGCUUUUACUCCUGGCAAACAGACGCAAGCUGUGGAGCUGGGCGUUAUCCAGCCAAGCCCUGCUGAGAUCCAGGGAGAACGUAGGGUCUCCAGCGUGAUCAGCUGUAGACGUUGCCAGCUCCUGCAUUUUGGUCAAGAAGUCUCAGGCCCUCUCUCAGCUCUUUGGUUUGCUACCGUGGCCUUGGUGGCAGCCUGCCCCGGUGGUGAGCCCGGGGCUUCCUCCGCCCAUGCAGACACCGCUUCCCACAACUGAGGGCCUUACCGGCCCCCUCUUUGGGGCUUACACACUGCCUACCUUCAAGUUCCAGCCUCGCCGUGAGAGCAUAGACUGGAGGCGCAUUAGCGCCCUGGACGUGGACCGUGUGGCCCGGGAGCUGGACGUGGCCACUCUGCAGGAGAACAUCACCGGGGUCACCUUCUGCAACUUGGAUCGGGAGACCUGCAGCCGCUGCGGGCAGCCGGUGGACCCGGCGCUGCUGAAGGUGCUGCGCCUGGCGCAGCUCAUCAUCGAGUACCUGCUGCACUGCCAGGACUGCCUGAGCACCAGCGUUGCCCAGCUGGAGGCGCGGCUGCAGGCCAGCCUGGGCCAGCAGCAGCGUGGCCAGCAGGAGCUGGGCCGCCAGGCUGAUGAGCUCAAGGGCGUGCGGGAGGAGAGCCGCCGGCGCCGCAAGAUGAUCAGCGCACUGCAACAGCUGCUCAUGCAAACAGGUGCCCACAGCUACCACACGUGCCACCUGUGUGACAAGACGUUCAUGAACGCCACCUUCCUCCGAGGCCACAUCCAGCGCAGGCACACAGGCACGGCAGGAGACUCCACAGGAAAGCAGAAGCAGGAGGAGCCGGUGGAGGAGGUGUUAGAGGAGCUGCGAGCCAAGCUGAAGUGGACCCAAGGGGAGCUGGAAGCCCAGAGGGAGGCCGAGAGGCAGCGGCAGCUCCAGGAAGCAGAGCUCACUCGCCAGAGAGAAAUUGAAGCUAAGAAAGAAUUUGACGAAUGGAAAGAAAAAGAGCAGACCAAGUUUUAUGGGGAACUAGAUAAGCUGAAAAAACUAUUCUGGGAUGAAGUUCAAAGUGUCGCCAACCAGAACUCUACGCUGGAAGAGAAACUUCAGGCACUGCAGUGUCACAGCGUGACUCAGUCCAACCUGGGAUCGCUGCGGGAUGAGGAGUCAGAGGAGCGACUCCGGCAAGCACAGGAGCUGCAGGCCCUGAGAGAGAAGAUGGAAACUCAGAGAACAGAGUGGAAGAGAAAAAUGAAGACCCUGCAGGAGCAGCACGCGGUUGAGAAGAGAGAGCUGAAGGAGGAGAACGAGAGGCUCCAGGCCGCCCUCACUCAGGACCAGAGGAAGGCGGCGGCCCAGUCCCAGCGCCAGAUCAGUGCGCUCCACGCCCGGCUGCAGGAGCAAGCCCGCCUCAUCGCCUCCCAGGAGGAGAAGAUCCAGGCCUUGUCCUGCAGGAAGGCCGAGGGGACCCCGGAGGCGCCCAAGGCUGUGGACACAGAGGAGGACUCUCCUGAGGAAGAACCGGAGGACCCCCGGGAGGAGCAGCGGAAGGUGCUGGCGGCUCUGAGGCGGAACCCCACCUUGCUGAAGCAGUUCAGGCCAAUCCUGGAAGACACCCUGGAAGAGAAACUGGAAAGCAUGGGGAUCAAGAGGGAUGCAAAGGGGAUCUCGCUUCAGACCCUCGGACGCCUGGAGUCCCUGCUCCGAGCCCAGCGUGGGCAGAAGGCCAGGAAGUUUGCGGAAUUUCUGAGGCUGAGGGAAAAACUUGUGGAGGAAGCCAGCAGCAGAGUGGAGGAGAGGCAGGAGAAGAGGGCCGCGGGGUCCCGGCCAGUCCAAAGCCGGCGGAGCACGCUGGUCACCAGAGAGGCCCAGCCAAAGCCCAGGACCUUGAAUGUGGCCUUGCCCUCCAAGCCAGCACAGCUGCCCACGCCUGCUCCUCAGACUCACGGCAGCCGUGGCCCUGGCCCCACUCAGGUGUCCACCCCCGUUCCGCGCCCCAGAGCCCAUGGACCUCCCAGCGCUGCUUCCCCUGGGCCUGGGCUGAGCACCACGUCCCCGUUCAGCUCUGAGGAGGACUCGGAAGGAGACGCCGUGAAGCCUGUGUCCCUUCAGCCCCCGCAAGCUGCCCCCCGGAUGGCGGCCCGGGCAGGGGAUGGCUGGGACUGGUCUGACACCGAGACCUCCGAGGAGCGCGCCCAGCCCCCUGGCCAGGGCUCAGCAGGGCUGGCUUCCUCCGAAACCCUCGUGCAGUCCAUGGUCCGGAAUCUCGAGAAGCAGCUGGAGACGCCCGUGAAGAAGCCCGCAGGAGGGGUCAGUCUGUUCUCAAGGCCGAACGCUGGCCCACGGGGAGCGGCCCCAGCAGGAAGGAAGGCCCAGUUUUCUGAAGAUGAGAGUGACCUGGAGAUCUCGUCCUUGGAAGAUAUUCCCCAGGACUUGGACCAGCGAGAGAAACCGAAGCCCUUGUCUCGCUCGAAGCUCCCAGAGACGUUUGGCAACAGUCCUUGGAGCUCUGGCCAAUCCAGGGUCGCUGGCUGGUGAUCUCUCCCCUUGUCUGGUGUCUCGCGAGCCAGCCUUGUCACCUGGCUGGGGUCCUCUUGGGUCCCACGCCAGCAGAACAGGCUCUGAGCCUCUUGUCUGUACCAGUGAGCAAGAGGUGUUGGCCUUGGAAAGAAGCAGCGCAGGGGAUGUGUGUGAUCUCUCCCCUCCCCGCCUGUCAGGGGUCCUGAACCCAAGAGCCAGGGCUGCCUGGCUGGGUCCCCAGGCCCCAGAGCUUGAGAAACGGUUAGAGCAGGACCUCCACGUGGUUUCUUUUCUCCGUCUCCAUGUGCACUCCAGUGGAAGGGGUCACUUGGUCUUUUUUCUUGAAACUUUUGUAAGGAACACUGUAGAGAUGAACCCUAUAGGUUUUUUUUUUUUUUUUUUUUUUGGGGGGGGGCACGUAAGCCUUAAUCAUGCAAGGGUCGAUCUGAUUUCAGUUACUGGGUGUCUACCCGGUGUGAGUUCUCCAGCCUCUCUCACUGCUGAGCUGGGGUACAAGCGGAGGUGGGUGGAAGGACACCCACGAGGCAGUGCCAGCACAGAGCAGUGACCUGGUGAUGGAGAUUAGGGUGCUCUGGGAGAGCUUGAGAGGCUGCCAACCCCAGUGUGGGGGCGACCUUGGGAUGUUUGUGAUCCCUGACAGGGCCUGUUCAUGGGUGGGAGGAAAAGGGGGCCAGUGGGCUGGGACCUCGUGUGCCCAAAGGACCACAAACUUAAGUUUUGAUAUUAUUUCUAAAAUCAGGUUGUACACUAGGAGGAUUCAGAAGGUAGACUGAAAAUCAUUUAUCUAUUUGAAAGAUAUCGAGGUGGGGGUAGGAGCGGGGAGAGAGAGAGAGAGACAGAGAACUCCCAUUUGUUGGUUCAUUCCCCAAAUGCCUGCAAUGGCUGGGAUUGGCUUGGGCUGAAGCCAGGCUCUGGCAACUCAGUCCAGGCCUCCCAGUGGGUGGCAGGAACCCAAUUACUUGAGUCCUCACUGCUGUCUCCGAAGCUCUACAUUGGUGGGAAGCUGGAGCCAGGAAUUUAACUCAGGCCCUCUGGUGUGGGACAACGGUGUCUUAACCAGCAGGCUAAAUUUGCCUGCCAUUACACUGUCGUCUAAUUACUUACUUUCUGCAGAGUUUUUGAAAUGCCCUCAUCCAUGGUCAUUAUAUUUUUUUGGUGUGAAAAAUGUUAAUUUAUUGUGUGUAUUUAAAAUAUACC